AUGGCUUCAACUGGCAUAUCCUCGACACCGCCGGCCUACUCGUCCGACCAUGAGAAGAGAGGCGGCCCCGAAUCGCUUCCCUCACCUAUCGACGACCUUCACAUGACACUUUCCCACACGGUCAACAAAGAUGCCACCCACCGCAAGCUCAAAGCCCGCCAUAUCCAGCUCAUUGGCAUUGGUGGUACCAUCGGCACUGCUCUUUAUGUUCAAAUCGGCAAAGGUCUGCUCAAUGGAGGCCCUGCUAGCUUGUUCAUCGCCUUCACAAUCUGGUGCAGUUUUAUCCUGGCCAUCACCCUGUGCAUGGCUGAGAUGGUGACCUACCUGCCUAUUUCGUCCCCUUUUAUUCGAUUCGCUGGUCGCUAUGUUGACGAGGCCUUUGGCUUUGCUGCUGGCUGGAACUUCUUCGUCUUCGAGGCCGUGCUUGUCCCUUUCGAGGUCACCGCGUGCAACCUGAUCAUCCAUUUCUGGAGCGAUGCUGUUCCAACAGGCGCCAUCAUUGCCAUCAUCAUCGUACUAUAUGCGCUCAUCAAUGUCCUCGCUGUGCAAUGGUACGGCGAAACUGAAUUCUGGGCUGCCCUCGGCAAGGUUCUCCUCAUCAUCGGCCUCAUCAUCUUCACCUUCAUCGUCAUGGUCGGCGGAAACCCCCAACACGACGCUUUCGGGUUCCGGUAUUGGAAAAAUCCAGGUGCUUUUACUGAGCUGUACUACGGAGGCUCGCUGGGUCGCUUCCUCGGAUUCCUCCAGUGUGUGAUUCAAGCUUCCUUCACCAUUGCCGGUCCCGACUACGUCUCCAUGGCUGCUGGAGAGGCCGAGAACCCGCGAUCCAUCAUGCCCCGGGCCUUCAAUGCCGUGUUCUACCGUCUCACAACAUUCUUCGUCCUUGGAUCGCUCUGCGUGGGAAUCCUGGUUCCCUUCAACGACGCAGAGCUGUCGGCUGCCUUCAAGAAUGCCGAGCCCGGUGCCGCAGCCUCACCCUACGUCGUCGCCAUGAACCGACUUGGAAUCCCAGUCCUUCCCCAUAUUGUCAACGCCAUGGUGUUGCUGUCUGCCUUUUCCGCCGGCAACUCCUACGUGUACUGCGCUUCGCGAUCGCUCUAUGGUCUUGCCCUGGAAGGAAAGGCGCCCAAGUUCUUCACCAUUUGCACUCGGAAUGGUGUUCCCCUGUACUGUGUGAUUGUGGUUCUACUCAUCGCCUUGCUUUCAUUCCUCCAGCUCUCCAACAACACUGCCGUUGUCCUGGAUUGGUUCGUGUCCCUUGUUACCGCAUCCCAGCUCAUCAACUUCUCCUGCAUGUGUGUGUCCUAUCUGUGCUUCUACCGUGCGCUCAAAGCACAGGGAAUCAGCCGAGAUACGCUCCCCUACAAGUCUAUCUUGAUGCCCUACGCAGCUUACUAUGGAUUGGUCGGAACCUUCAUCAUGACCUUUGUUGGAGGAUACACCGUGUUUUUGCCCUUUGAGGGUUACUGGAACGUGCCGGACUUCCUCUUCUCGUACACCAUGGUUGGGGUCUUUCCUGUGCUCUACGUUGGAUGGAAGUUGAUCCACAAAACAAAAAUCCAUAAGCCUGAAGAUGUUGACCUGAAGAAGGAUCUUGAUACUGUGGCGGAAUACGAACAGAACUAUAUCCCUCAACCACCAUCGAGUUGGUUUGAGAAGAUAUUGGACAAGCUGUUUGCCUAA